AUGGGCCAACAUCCUACAAUCUUCGAAAUUGCCGAGAUGCAGAUGUUGAACUUUGUGCAGCUCAACUCGCUGUUGGUGAUAUUUUUCUGUCUCAUUCACCCAAUCUCUAGGUGGUGGCAGCGUUUCUUCCAAUUCCUUUCGGGCUUCGCUCUAGCCACUGCCGCUUUAUCCCAAAGCGGACUGUCAGGGCAUUCAGAGACGGACUGGCUGCAGGCCAGUUUAGGUUGCCAGAACGAACCGGCUUUCCGCAAGCUCACACCAGUGCCCUACAACAAGGCCGUGGUGUAUGCGGCUGCCGGCCUGUGCAUCAUAUCAUUCUUUGCGCAGACUGCCACUACUGUGUUCCCUCGGAUCAAGCAACGGCCGAGCUUGCGGAGGGUCUUGACUAUCAUGGCGAUUGUGUGGGGGCUGCUGACCACAUUGUCGUUAGUGGGCAUGGUAUGGGGGCUAGUCAAGCUCUGGGACCAAAGAGGUGAGCUCAUUAAGGUAGCAGGGGCUGAUUUUGAGGACAACGAAUGGGGCUUUGGUCAAGUCGCCGCACUGUUUACCUGGUUGCCAAUUCCCGUGGAAAUAUCAUACAAGCUAAAUGAUUGGAUGAAAGAGAGAUCCAGUACCUGGUAUCGGUUCCAAGCCGCUGUUGCGCCAUAUGGCGAGUCGAGGAACGGCGAAAGACAAGGCGAGCACAUAGCAAUGGCGCCAGCGACUACCGCCAAUAAAGGGGGGGUCCUAGCACAAGAACACCCACAAGAUUCUGGCGAUGGAUCUGUAUGA